CGGCGGAUGCAGGCCUGAAAGUUACUCCAUCCAGCUGUGCGAUCCAACCGCUGCUUUUAUCAAUUUUCUACCUCAGCCGAAUUAAAGAGCGCGAGCGGAGCUUUCGGAUGCAGUUUUUAUAUUUUCGAAUUUUGAGUGAGAAACCGAUGAGAUCCUGCGAAUAUGGAGAAUGUCGGUGAUGAUGGCGGCGGCGGACCGCCGGCCUCCUGCGGUGAGACAAGAUGGUCGCGGCAGCUGUCGGGCCUUCCUCCCCGGCUCCUGCGGCGCCUGAUGCCGUUCCAGCGGGAGGGGGUGGAGUUCGCCCUGUCCAGGGACGGACGGUGUAUGAUUGCAGAUGAGAUGGGCCUGGGGAAGACGGUGCAGGCCAUCGCCGUGGCGUGCGCCUACCGGGCGGACUGGCCCCUCCUGGUGGUGGUGCCGUCCUCGCUCCGGUACCCCUGGGUGGAGGAGCUGGAGCGCUGGGUCCCCGAGCUGCAGCCCGGAGACGUCCACCUGGUGGACGGCAAGAGCGACACCAUGCGAAUCGGCAGCAGCAAGGUGACAGUCCUGGGCUACGGCCUGCUCACCACCGACGCCCGCCCCCUGGUGGACGCCCUGAGCCGCCAGCGCUUCGCCGUGGUGGUGGUGGACGAGGCGCACUACCUCAAGUCCCGCAACGCCGCCCGCACCAAGAUCCUGGUCCCCCUGGUUCAGGGCGCCAAGCGGGCCGUCCUCCUCACCGGGACCCCCGCCCUGGGCCGGCCCGAGGAGCUCUUCAUGCAGCUGGACGCCCUCCACCCCAGGAGGUUUGGAACAUGGGGCGAAUACACCAAGAAGUACUGCAACGCCCACUUCAGGUACUUUGGAUCCAGGAGGCAGUGGGACUGCCGCGGGGCGUCCAACCUGGAGGAUUUGCACCGGCGCCUGAGCCAGGUCAUGAUCCGCCGCCUCAAGGCCGACGUGCUCACCCAGCUGCCGCCCAAGAUCCGCCAACGGAUCCCCUUCGAUCUGCCCAAGGAGGCCGCAAAGGAGGCGGCGGCCAGCUUCGCCGAGUGGGAGCGGCUGAUGAGGUCGGGGGUCGGCGACGCCACCGAGGUCAUGGGCCUGGUCACCCGGAUGUACAAGCAGACCGCCAUCGCCAAGGCCGGAGCAGUGAAGGACUACAUGAAGUUGCUGCUGGAGACAGAGCGGCUGAAGUUCCUGGUGUUCGCCCACCACCUGUCCAUGCUGCAGGCCUGCACUGAGGCUGCCGUGGAGGCCCAGGCCAGCUACAUCCGGAUCGACGGCAGCGUCCCGUCGUCUGAGCGGAUCCAGCUGGUCCACAAGUUCCAGAGCGACCCCGAGACCCGGGUGGCCAUCCUCAGCAUCCAGGCGGCCGGUCAGGGUCUGACCUUCACGGCGGCGAGCCACGUGGUCUUCGCCGAGCUCUACUGGAACCCGGGCCACCUGAAGCAGGCGGAGGACCGGGCGCACCGCAUCGGCCAGGCGAACGCCGUCAACGUGCACUACCUCAUCGCCAAGGGCACCUUCGACGGCGCCAUGUGGGCCAUGCUCAACCGGAAGGAGAACGUGACGGGCAGCACCCUGAACGGCAGGAGGGGGAAGCUGGACGCCGCCGUGGGCGACGGGGAGGAGUGGGAGUUCCUGAGCCUGGCCGAGGCCUGGACCCCCGGAGAGACACCGCUGCCGGAUGAUGAAUCCAAGAUGGCCGACGUCUUCUUCACUCAUCAUGAGAAAGAGAAGCAGCACGACAUCCGCUCCUUCUUCUCGCCGAGCGCCAAACGGACGAGAUCAAAGGAAGACGAAGAAACGUCUCCGUCGCCGGGGACGACGGUCUCGCCCGAUCGGGACUUCUCCCCGCAGGUGAAGAGGUUCCGGAAGCCACGGCCGAGCCCGGGGUCCCGGUUGACCUUGACCCCCCGGAGGCGACCCCGACCCGACCCCGUGUCGUCGACGUGGAGCUGCGGCGCCUGUACCUAUUCCAACAGUGGCCUGCUGCCGUACUGCGAGAUGUGUGAGGGGCCGCGAACCAAUCCGAGCGUCGAGAGCGUACCCCUCCGGUCCGACGGCGAGGGGCUCGACCCGGGGACCGCCGGGGAGGAUGAGGAGGAGGAGGAAGAUGACAGCCUCGACCUCGGAGGGGCCGGGAAAGACGACGGGUGCCAACUCGAAGGCAAACAAUCACCGGGGGAGCGCGACGACCCACCCCUCCCACAGGACCGCCAGGACGAUGAUGCUAAUGCCGGCGGCGGCGGCGCGGAGGAAGACGACAGCGACAGCGCCACCUGGCCGCUACACCCGGGCCUGCAGUUCUGCCCCAGCCAGUACACAGACCGGAUCUACCUGUACUCUGAGGACGGGACUCCGUUGAACCUGAGCUUCGUCCCCCUGGACGUCCAGCUGUCCAACUGGGACGACCUGCCCGAGGCCUUCAGCCGGCGCCCGGAACACCGGACGCAGGUGCUGAGGUUCGUCCGGGAGUGGAGCGGCCUGAGCGCCAUGAAGCAGAGGCUGCUGCGCCGCGGAGGAAUGGUGUUCGGCAGCCCCGGCGCCGGCCUGCAGCAGCUGGCCGCCGCCCAGCGGCCGCACUCCAGCACCAAGAGGUAUCUGAGCCGGGAAGAUGUUUCCCAGGCGUCCCUGGACCGGGCCCGGCGGGACGGCGGCGGCGUCCGGCUCGUCGCUACGGCAACCAGUGACGGUAAGGAUCCCGGAUCGCCUGGAUCAUCAGGAUACCUCCAGGCGCUGGACGCCCAGGGCAUCCCCCUCUGCCUGUCCUGCCAGCAGCCCUGCCCGACCCCGACCCCGACCCCGACCCCGACCCCGGGCACAGCGGGCGACGCCCGCUUCUGCAGCCCCAGGUGUCAGGAGGAGUUGCGGCUGCGCUCCAGCCAGGCCUUCCUGCGGUCGCGGGUGCUGGAGGCGGAGCGCGGCGUCUGCCAGCACUGCGGCCUGGACGCGCACGCGCUCUUCCUGCAGGUGCGCGACGCCCCGCCCCCCCUGCGCAAGGAGAUCCUGGAGAGCAGCUGGCUGGCACAGCUGUCGCUCAAACAGCUGAACCAGAUGAUCCGCGCCCCGGUGGAGGGCGACUUCUGGCAGGCGGACCACAUCCGGCCGGUGUACGGCGGCGGCGGCCAGUGCUCGCUGGACAACCUGCAGACGCUCUGCACCGUCUGCCACAAAUCGGUGUGUACACACACACACACACACACACAC